ACAUUUUUAGUUGCGCAAACUUUUCCAAAAAAUAGCAGAAAAGAAAACGCAGAUAAAAUGCUUGAAAAAUGUCGUUUUCAAGUGAAAUUUAACCAAAAAUAUUAUUAAUUAUCGUGUUUCCGAGGUAAUUGUUUCAUUAAAAAGUCUUUAUACUUAUUCGAUCGCGAGUGAGAAAUUGUGGUAUUGAGAGCAAGUCUCGUUUUUGUGAGACAGUUCGCCACAACGUAAUCGUUCUAGUUUGGCCAUUAGUGAUAAUAAGUCUGUAAACAUUUCGUCGACGAUUGAAUUCUUUUUUGCUGCGUUCGAAGAAGUAAAUCAUCUCCCAGCGUUACAAUUGGUAAUAAUUACUCCAUCGCAGUAUGCACUUUGUUGCUGAAUACAGAUUUUAGAAAAAAAAAUCAUUAUGGGUGGAAAUAUUUCGCAAUUAGAAAAACAAAUCGGUUCUGAAAACUUUCCCAAUAGUGAACGAUAUUGUGGACUAGUGAACUUUGGGAAUACAUGUUAUAGUAAUUCUGUUUUACAAGCGUUAUACUUUUGCAAACCAUUUCGCGAGAAAGUCCUCGAAUACAAAGUUCGAAACAAGCAAAGAAAUAAGGAGACGCUUCUGUCUUGCCUGAGUGAUUUAUUUCACAGUAUUGCCAAUAAUAAGAAACGCGUUAGUACAGUUGCACCUAAGAAAUUCAUAGCGAGGCUUAGGAAAGAAAAGGAGGAAUUCAAUAACUAUAUGCAACAAGAUGCUCACGAAUUUUUAAAUUUUUUAAUUAAUCGUAUUAACGAGAUUAUUCUUCUUGAAAGAAAUCAUGGUAAACCAAAGGAUAUGUCGCAUGACGAUAAUAAGUCCAGUCAAGAGGAACCAACCUGGGUACACGAAAUUUUUCAAGGAAUCUUGACUAGUGAGACAAGAUGUCUUAACUGUGAAACUAUAAGCAGCAAAGAUGAAGAUUUUUUCGAUCUGCAAGUAGAUAUUGACGAGAAUACCAGUAUAACCCAUUGUUUGAAAUGUUAUAGCAAUACUGAAACGUUAUGCGCGGACAAUAAAUUUAAAUGUGAUAAAUGUAAUUCGUAUCAAGAAGCUCAAAAACGUAUGAGAGUAAAGAAAUUGCCGAUGAUCUUGGCUUUACAUCUGAAAAGAUUCAAAUACGUAGAACAUUAUAAUCGUCAUACCAAAGUAUCUCAUAGGGUCGUGUUUCCUCUAGAAUUGAGACUUUUCAAUUUUAGCGAUGAUGCUGUGAAUCCUGAUCGUAUGUAUAAUUUAGUCGCCGUUGUUGUCCAUUGCGGUAGUGGACCAAAUCGAGGCCAUUACAUUAGUAUUGUUAAAAGUUACGAUUUCUGGUUACUAUUUGAUGAUGAUAUUAUUGACAAAAUCGACCAAUCAGCGUUCGAAGAUUUUUACGGGCUUACAUCGGACGGUCAAAAAUCAUCAGAAACUGGGUACAUUCUUUUUUACCAGUCCAGAGAUACGGAAACAAAAGUUACCAGCAAUGACGUAAAAGUAAACGGGAAAUAAGGAGCGGUGUUUUGUUAUUGUUUUUCCUCAACUAAUAAAAUUAGUUUAAAAGUUCAUACCGCAGAAUACCUAUUAGAAAAGCUCACUUUUCCAAAUUCGACAUAAUGUAAAUUUCAGAAGGCUAGUGUUUUGUUUAUUGAGCACAUUUCAAGAUAAUCUACGAAUGCAAUAUUAUAAUUUAGGGAUUCACUAUUGUACUACGUGUAUUCAGUAUUGUAUAAAUUUAUCGUGACUGUUCGCGGAUUGCGAAAAAAUCUCAUGUUAGGUUAAGUUUGUGAACGUAAUUUAGUGCUUUGAAAUUUAUCAUAUUGCUAAUAAUUUAAAUAUCGCGAGGUCGAUCGAUAUACGUGCAAUCAAAUAAAUUUUCAUUUACAAAAUCGCAUACCUAUUACCCUACGUUUGUGUGCCCUUUUUUUACUGAACUCUUUUUCGUUUUUUCAUUUUUUUUCUGUACUUUUCAAAUUAUAAUCAACUUUUAGGUAGAUCUACACGCUGAAUACGUAUCAUAAAUGUUUUGUUAAAUUUAAAUUAUAUGGUUUUGCUAACUA